GAGGGAGUGGAGGAUCCUGAUGCGCAGCCGGACACACGGGACGCACCGUGAACUUUCACUGCUGGAACUCACCAAACAAACACAUAAUAAUCCAGAAAGCAUCAGGGCCAAUUAUCAGAGCUCAGCUGGAAUACUGAUCGGAAAACUUUGGCACUGACCACAGCAGCACACCGCGGUCCGGACAAGGAAGCUCAGACUCAGAUCCAUGCUGCAGGGCCCGGAGCAAGGCCCAGUGUGUGAGUGUGCGUGAGCGUUUGAAUAUGUGUGUGUGAGUGCCUUUAAGUGUGUCACAUUAGAUUGCUGUGUGUCUUUGAGUGAGCGAACAUCUUGCUGUGUGAGCGCAAAGCUCGUGUGAAGAUGAGGGCCAUCACUCUGCUGUGUCUCCUGAUGGUUGCGGAGGUCGGAGCCUCUCGCUUCGUCCGUGACUCCCAGGGCUCUUCUGAAGCUUCAGAACCCAAUAGCAAUGCUUCCGUCCCGCUGCCGCCCCCACAGCCGGGCCGGCCACGGAGCUUCUUCCCACCCAUGUGUGUAAAGCCCACGGAGAUCAAGCACGCCUUCAAGUAUGUGAACACCAUCGUGUCCUGCCUGAUCUUUGUGGUGGGGAUCAUCGGCAACUCAACACUGCUCAGGAUCAUAUAUAAAAACAAGUGUAUGAGGAAUGGGCCAAAUGUCCUGAUUGGUAGCCUGGCACUGGGGGACCUGCUUUAUAUUAUCAUCGCCAUCCCCAUCAAUGUGUUUAAGCUAAUAGCUGAGGACUGGCCAUUCGGCGUGUACAUCUGUAAGUUGGUGCCGUUCAUCCAGAAAGCUUCAGUGGGAAUCACUGUCCUCAGCCUGUGCGCCCUCAGUAUUGACCGCUACCAUGCAGUGACGUCAUGGAGCAGGGUGAAGGGGAUGGGGAUCCCUCUGUGGAAAGCAGUGGAGGUGACCCUGAUCUGGCUGGUUGCUGUGGUGCUGGCAGUCCCUGAGGCGCUGGCAUUCGACAUGUUGGAGAUGCCAUACAGAGGAAACAAGCUACGCGUCUGCCUGCUGCACCCAGAACAGACCACCAGCUUUAUGAAGUUCUACCAGGAUGUCAAAGAUUGGUGGCUGUUUGGCUUCUAUUUCUGCUUCCCGCUGGCCUGCACAGGAAUCUUUUACACACUCAUGUCCUGUGAGAUGCUCAGUCGCAAAAAAGGCAUGCGCAUCGCACUCAACGACCACAUGAAACAGCGGAGGGAGGUGGCGAAGACGGUGUUCUGCCUGGUGUUGAUUUUUGCUCUCUGCUGGCUGCCCCUUCAUCUCAGCCGUAUUUUGAAGAAAACAAUCUAUGACCAAAAUGACCCCAACCGCUGUGAGCUGCUGAGCUUCCUGUUGGUGAUGGAUUACAUCGGCAUCAACAUGGCCUCCCUAAACUCCUGCAUUAACCCGAUUGCCCUCUACUUUGUCAGUCAGAAGUUUAAAAACUGCUUCCAGUCUUGCUUGUGCUGCUGGUGCUACAGAACGUCUCCCCUGGACGAACGAGGUUCAGGAGGACGCUGGAAAGGCUCUUGCCAUGGGAAUGGACUAGACCGCUCCAGCUCCCGCUCCAGUCAGAAAUACACAAGCUCUUCAUAAACAUAAACACACAUGCAUACAUACAGACACACACAAACACAUACACACACACACACUACAUACCUCUUCUAUCAAACACAUGUUCCAAUCACCUCUCGUUACGAGGAAACGGGGUCGACACUGCCAGCAGACUGACGAUCAGACUUGAGUGAGGGGGGAAAAUGGAGUGAGGUAGAAGUCACUUCUACAGGACUCACAUCAGACUGAAAGACUCUGACAUUAAAGGGUUGAUCCGAACUGAUGAAUGAAAUAACAGGACUGUACCUGUUUAAGCUGUAAUACUAACUUCAGAGAAACCCAGACUACAUAAAUCUGUUCAUACGCUGACACAGAGGCUUGUGUAGAGGACCAAAAGUCUCUCAGUGCACCAUUAUUGUAAAUACAGUUAUAGAGAAUGUUUAUUCAAGCCACAUGUAAAUGUAUGUACAGUGUUAUUUACAUGCAGAUUGCAGACUUAUGACUAUAUCUAGCCUUAACGCUUCAUGUAUGAAUACCAGCACUGAUGAGCACUACCUGUUGAAGCUUUAAUACCUCACGGGGAAAGACAGUGGGAAACUGUGACCCUGAGCUAUUCUCCAAAAAGGUGCUCAAAGGUGCAAGUAUUUUUUUUUUAAUAGGAAAAAAGCACGACUGUGCCUCUGCAUGUACAGGAUCAGUAGCUGAUUAUCAGAGAAUCAAGAGCAUGCUGUCACUGCUCAACGCCCAUGUGCCCUGGUGACGUCGUUCCUGAGUAAAAUGAGCCCCACUGUGGGACUCACAGUCAUGUGGAGGGUCAGAAAUCUUUUAACUGGAAGUCGUUGCUGCUUUAAGUCAUGUGGAGGGCAGCUGUUGUCCUAGAAUACUGACAAAUACCAGAUGAUUCCCAUCAUGCCACACAGAAGAGGUCAUUAUUAUUACUAUUAUUUUUUUCAGUGCUCAUGCUGUUGUAAGUGGUCUCCACUGUGUAUAAAGUCUUAUCUCUUACAAUGUAGCUUCUAUUUUUCUAAGAAAAUAUCACAAAACACCUGAAGCUUGUUUUAUCUUCCAACAUGAGGUGUUCAUUUAUUGUUUCCAAAUAUUUCAUCUCCAUCAGUGAGCGGUCGUGUUACAUAGAUGUUCCUGUGGCUCGACUCUGAAAAUUACCUCUAAGAGCUGCUUAAGGAAUUCAUUUUCUAUAAUGGACACAUUUAAAAGCUUUAGGAAGGAAAAAGAAAUUUUGUACAAGUGGUUGGUUUUAAGAAGUGAAUGUUUUUAGCUGAGAUUAUAUUUCUUUAACUACAUAAUGAUCAUAGAAAUUAUUUAGAAAUAAUAGUUCUUUCCAUUCAGUAUAGUAAGCAGGUAAAUGCAGGUAAAGUUCUGAUGUAAUGUGGUUAAUCGGCACAGUCUGUGACUGACAGAUACAGGCUGGAGGAUUCUCAUAAUGAGAAAUGAAGUAUGUUGGGUGCAACACAGUCGGAGAAGGUGCUCCUAAUAUUCUGUGGUAACUGUAGAGUUAGGACGUCUGUAGCUAGUGGUAGCUGAAAGCACUCAGUAGUCAUGUACUUGUGACAAAUCUUGUGAUGCCAGCACAUCAUAAAAAUACUAUUUACACAAUAUUGGUUUCUUAAAAAAAAUGAGGAGAAACUGCAGUUUGAGCCUGAUGGCCUGAAGUCUCCAGUCCAUCAGAGGGAAUACAUGGAUUGUGUAUUCAUAGUAUUACCAUUAGGUAAAAUGCUGCCUAAUGCAUGCUACAAUUUAUUGUGAACAAACUUUAAACCUAAAUGAAUAAAAGUUUGUAAGUCUGCCUUCUUUACCAAUCUAGUAAGCAAAUGUGUCGUGUCCUUUUUUAAAACCCAUCAUUUUGCUAAAUAACCAGACAAUGUGUUCAACAACACUGAAGCAUUCUUAAACAGACAGGAUUCAUGUGUAAUAUAUCAGUGUUCAGACAAAAUAUUUCCUUCACCACUUUACUAGUGUUUGCAGCAGUGCUCAAAAUAGCUGAUCGAGCAGAAUGUCUCAUUAACUCAUCAUAUGUAUUUAUACCAUCGUCAUUUUGUUUUCAGCUACAUCUAAACGCAGCUGUGUACUGUCAGGUCUGAGCAGCUGUGUGAGAAUCUUUUAUAGAGGGACCACCAAGCUAAGACGUUAAAAAAGUCAUUUGAGGUUGAAGAUAAAAUGUGAAUACUGGCCCUGGUGUUUUGAAAUACAUUUAUACUGUACUUAUUUGUUGAGAGUAUGCAGUA